CAGAGCGGAGCCACUAAUCUGGUGACCUCCGGCGAGCUCGCAUCCUUGGACCUCGGUCGCCGAUCUGCUCUGCAAUCCCUCCUCCGCCCCACGCUGCAACGGAGCGACCAUCUCGGUGAACUCCGGCGAGCUCACCUCGCCUCCUUCAGGUUUCAGCACAAGUCAUCCAUCUGCUCCACGAUUCCUUCUCAUCCCCACCCCCACCCUCCAAUGGAGCCACUGAGCUAACUCGGGUGAGCUCACCUCGCUUUCUGAAGGAUCCAGCCUCAAUCGUCGAUCUGCGCCGCCGCCACUUCUGCCCCCGCGGCUCUCCACCCGCAAGCACGGCGAUCUGACCCACCCUACCCCCACCCACCCAGACGCAUCGAAGUGCGGCGGCGCACUUGAAGCGAAGAGAUGGCGGUGACGAUGGCGAGCGUAUCCACCGGCGUGAUGAACUCCCUCCUCGGGAAGCUCGCCACGCUGAUGGGGGAUGAGUACCGCAAGAUCAAAGGCGUUCGGAACAAGGUAGCGUCCCUUCUGGACGAGUUCAGUAGCAUGAGUGCUCUGCUUGUGAAGCUCGCAGGCAUGGAUGAGCUUGACGUUCAGGCCAGGGAGUGGAGGGACCAAGUCCGGGAGAUGUCAUACGACAUUGAAGACUGCGUCGACGAUUUCAUGCGUGACCUCGGACAAAAAGGCGCAACCACUGGCUUUCUGAAGAAGACUGCCGAGCGCCUGAAGAAGCUCAGGGUGCGCCAUCAGAUGGCCAACAUGAUCCGUAGGAUCGAGACUCGUGUAAGUGAAGUGCAUGACCGGCGCACGAGGUACAAAAUUGAUGAGUACGCCCCGUCAUCUGGCAUUGUCGCUGUCGACCCAAGAGUGAUUGCCAUCUAUGCUGAGGCGGCCGGUCUUGUGGGCAUCGAUGCUCCAAGAGACGAGCUCAUGAAGAUGUUGAUGGUUGAAGGGAAAGAGCUGAGGGUGGCUUCUAUUGUGGGAUUCCCUGGUCUUGGAAAAACCACACUUGCAAAUGAAGUGUACCGUAAGCUUCAAGGACAAUUUGAUUGUCAUGCAUUUGUUUCGGUGUCUCAAAAACCAGAUAUGCCGAACCUUCUCAGUAAUUUGUUACUGAAACUUGCGGGGCAACACUCUUCUCAAAUGGGCAAGUUGGACGAUACGAUCACCGGUAUCAGGGAAUAUCUGUCGAAUAAGAGGUACUUAAUCAUAAUUGAUGAUUUAUGGGAUUCGCUUGCAUGGAAGGUUAUUAGAUGCGCUUUUCCAGAAAACAGUCGUAGCAGUAGAGUGCUAACAACUACAAGGAUUUACUCUGUUGCCGCUACUUGUUGCUCUAAUAGCAAAGAGUAUGUUUAUAAGAUGAAAUCAUUGGAUGACCAGGACUCAAGAAGACUAUUUUUUAGUAGAGUAUUUGGUUUUGGAGAACCUUGCCCUGUCAUAUAUGCGGAGCUUUCAACAGAUAUUUUGAAAAGAUGUGGUGGUUUGCCCCUUGCCAUUAUCAGUAUAUCAAGCCUUCUUGCAGGUCAAUUGAAGCCAAUGUGGGAAUAUGUAAGGAAUUCCUUGGGAUCCAUGUUUGAAGGCAAUCCUACUCUAGAAGAAAUGAAACAAAUAUUGGACCUUAGCUACAGAAAUCUUCCUCACCAUCUAAAGACAUGCCUGCUUUAUCUUGGUAUGUAUCCAGAGGAUUACGAGAUAAUGAAGAAUGACUUGUCGAGGCAAUGGAUAGCUGAAGGUUUCGUGAGUUCAAUCAAUGGGCUAGAUGCAGAGGAUGUUGCAGGGAGCUACUUCAACGAGCUCAUCAACAGAAGCAUGAUCCAGCCUGUGGAGAAGGACUGUAAUGAUGAGGUGUUGUCGUGCAGAGUACAUGAUGUAAUGCUUGAUCUUAUCAGAUCCAAAAGCAUAGAAGAGAAUUUUAUUUCUGUAAUGGAUCACCAACAAAUUGUGACAGGGAUGAACAAGCAGAUCCGUCGAAUAUCACUCUGCAACGGCGGUGAAGAACGCGGUGUGAUGCCGGCAAUAACCAGCGAGUCACUAUCAAGAGCUCGCUCAGUCGCAGUUUUCAGAACCGUUUUCUGGCCUAGUUUACUGGGGUUCAAGUAUGUUCGAGUUCUACACCUUGAAUAUCCAAAAAGUGGAAGGCUGGAUCUUACUGGUAUGUGUGGGUUGUUUCUACUAAGAUAUGUAAAGAUAGCCUGUGAUUACAAUACAAGUUUGCAGCUACCUAGUCAAAUCGGGGAGCUAAGGCAAUUGGAGACUUUUGAUUUACAGUGGUCACCGCUGGUGAGCAUUCCACCAGAUAUCAUUGGUUUGCCCCGGUUGUCGCAUUUGGUUGUCCCAAAAUGUACUUUGUUGCCUGAUGGGAUUGGCAGCUUGAAGUCACUGCGCACUCUACAUGGGUUUGAUGUAUCAGAAAACUCGAUAAACAACAUCGAGUGCCUUGGUGAGCUGAACAACAUGAGAGAUCUUGAUCUCUAUUGGUCAAGGACGGAGACCUUGGGGGAAGCAGAGAAUCGCAUGGAUGCCUUGCGUUCUUCCCUCGAAAGGCUUUCACAUUCCAGCAACCUAAAGAAUCUUGUUCUGCAGAAUCUUUCUUCGACGCUGCUGGUUGGUUGGAGCACACUGUCCUCUCCACCUCGCCAUCUCCAGAAGCUUGAUCUGUUUGGUUGUGUGUUUUCAAGGGUCCCCAAGUGGAUAUGUCAACUGAGCGACCUCCACUGGUUGGUUCUUAGGGUUGAGAAGGUGGUCUCUUCCAAGGACGAUGGUGAUGUCGAUAUUCUUGCACGGUUGCCCUCUCUUAUCCACCUCGAGUUGCAGAUCGAAAAAUGCCCAGAAGAAAGGGUCAUCAUCACCGGCAGCGGCACGGCGUUCCAAACUCUCAAGCACCUGAAGUUCUCUUGCCCUAAGCUGCUGCUGGCCUUUGAAGCAGGAGCCGUGCCCAGGCUCCAGCGACUCGAGCUGCGGUUCAGUAUAAAGGGAUGGCAACAAGGCAGCAGUGCGUGCCUGCCCGCUGGCAUCGAGCACCUGCCACCUGGCUUCAGAGAAGUCAGUCCAAUGCAGUUUGACCACUUCAGAGAGAGGCUCAAUAGACGCGAUGCAGCUGCUGCGAAGUCUGCACUGAGGAACGCUUUUGCAUGUGUAGGAAUAACAAUGGUGAGAAUCAGUGGAGGGGACGCUGUUCUGAAAGCCACAACCGCUUGUUCCACUAAUAACACUGUACCAGAUGAGCUCGCUAUCCUCGGAGCAACAACAGAAAUCAGUGACUAUUCAAGCUGAAGACAAAGAGGAGCUGUGGAGAUGCUGGGGGUUAUGUCUGAGUUGCUCCUACUUAAUUUCUGGUUGAACCCAUUCUUCCUUGACAUAUGAUCCAUGCCGCCUUUAGUUCAGUCUAUUAGCUCUUUAUGUUUCCCCAAAUCCUCAAUGUCCGUGAAACAGUUUGAUGAUCACCUCACCAGGUCUGAGCUUAUACUUUUUGGCUACCCUUAAUGUUGCUAUUAGCCUAUUACGUUAUUCGUUUUAUCUCUGUUGCCUUCCAUUAGCAUAUGUUGUACUACUAAGAUCAUCUCUAUGUGCAGUUCGCGUAACUAACAAUGGGUAUUAUUAGUUCGGACAAAAUACUCACAACCGUACUUUGUAGUGUUACUGCUGUUUGUACCGAGCCACUGAUUGAUGUUUCAUUUCAAGGUUCCAUCCUCUUCUCUUGCCCUUCAAUAUUUUUCAGUACUAUACUUCAUUCAACUCUGGUGCUUAAGCUGUGGAUAUUUGCAUUUAUAUGCGAUCUCCUGUAAUCAUGAAUACGUGUGAUAUAUAUGCAAUAGGUAAACAAGCAUGUGGUUGUUACUUUCUCAAAUGAUGAUGUAUUGCUGUGGUUGUUACUCUCUCCCCUGUAAUCAAGUGUAGUGUUGCAUUUUGGAUGAUCAAUCAGUUAAAUAUAGCAUUGCUUAAAACCUUGAAAAUGAUGAUGCACUCCACCAUGAUUUUCAGCAGUAACUUUUCUAUAGCAAUCUGACUAUAAGAGUAAUAGUUAUUCAAAUGUUUGUGUCAGUCAAUUUGUAUUGUUUAUUUUCCUGUUGCAGUAUAUCUUGUGCAAAGUAAUUUGACACAAUCUUUUGGUCUUUGCACCUGGGCUGAAUCAAAAUGACUAUAUGCAGUGAAUAUUAGUAGAUCAUAUACUACAGCCUGAACAUGUCUAUAAUUAAUCCAACAGAUAAGUUUUAGUUGGCUCAACUAGAAAGAUGCGUAGAAUACCAUUAUCAUUGUGUUUAACGAUGCGGAUACAGCUGACCACCAUUUCUUGGUGGUGUUUGCCUUGUAAAAGUUUGCCUUCGGCAAAGAAUAGAUAAUCGGUGCGACGGUCAAAACCAUCAACUCCUUUGGUCUCUGUACUGAAAUUGUAAUGGAUGUACCUCUCGUUCUCAGAAAUAAAAAAUUGAUUGCACAAAAGAUCUUUGAGUUCAUAUGCAAGAUCCUACAACAAGAAGCAUGGAUCGGGUGAGCAACCUUUGCAUGAGUAAGACAAAAACAUAUGGUGCAGCCCCCUGAAAGAUUGUGAUCCUCGUUAUACUGAUCCACUAAAGCUUGAACCAUUAGGCGCUCUGGUUCGUGGCUUUUGUCAAAUGCUAGGGGUUCAUUGUACCAUCAGGGCAGUAGAGAGAUAGCCGUAUAACACGAUCCAUUGGAGAAAGCUUGUCUAGUGACUCGUUGCGCCUGGUUAAUUAAUUAAAUAUAUGAUUAGUACAUUGUAUGUCGUAAAGAAACAGUCAACGUAUCAUGGUUCUAUCAUAAAACUUACAUUUUCGGAUCCUUCAGGUCCUCGAGGUGGCGGUCAAUAGCAUCUUCAGCUUCUUGCAGGCUCUUGAACGGCCCAUCCAGACCAGGAUACGCGUGGAAAGAACCUAAAAGGUCCGUCCUAAUGUAAAAGGUGAAGUACCAAAAGUUACGUUUUAUGACCAAGAAGCUAUUGGAUGUGGAUAUGGCAAGGGAUUGGCAGUGGGAGAUGGUUCCUGCAGUUUUGUAGUGAGCUGGAACUUGCUCAAGGACAAGACAUCCAUCCGGUUGUUGCGUCGUCUGCACGGGUGGAGGAGAAGGAGAACACCUGAAUCAAGUACAACAGUUGAGCAUGCUCGAAGGCUCGGUGAGUAGAGAUCCAAGAGGAAUUACAUUUUUACCAUAAAGAUGAAGUAAUGAUACAUGUUUUCAUUAUGCUACGAAAAACAAAAGCUGGAAGAUUUUUACCGGCCGAGAACGGUGCCCUGAGCUAUUGGAUGUUGAUAGGGCAAGGGAUUUGCAGUGACAGCCGGCUCCUUUGGUGUUCUAGUGAGCAGGAACUUGCUCAAGCAUGAGGCAUCCGACGGGGAGCACCUGAAUCAAGUGGAACAGUUAAGCGGGCUGGAUGAGCAGAUCCAAGAGCAAUUAUCAUUAAAAUGAGUUAACAAUAAUACAUGUUACCAAUGUUAUGACCCAGAAGCAAUGAGUUUAAAUUUCUUUUGAUGCUGUAAUGUUGGUUAUAUCA